UUUGUGGGGGAGAUUUCUAUCCCGUACGCGCGUGGCAUGCCUCCUGGAUACGCAAGUGCCACCAACCUCGAAUUUCCCUUUCGGAUGGACUUGGACGCGCUGCAGUGGACUUCCUUACAGAAUCCCUUCUUAUAUUUGCCUUUCGAAACUGAGGAAGAAGGAAAACGAAGGAAAAAGCGCCAACUGAAAUAUGGUGGUGGCAGAACUCUUUUAUACCAAAUGCUGGAGGACUUCAUUAGUAAUCUGGGUAUGCAAGGACAGGCGUGUUUGCUACGAGCCAUUUGUGAGACCCACGAGCUGCCCUUCUACGAACAUGGCUUCUUCGGCGAAGUUGUCAGGCUAAUACUAACCGCCAGCUUAGCCUACGAUCUCCCCGAGUCGAUGGACGUGUACGUCGAAGCUGAGAAGUUGGGUUCUCACUACCACAACUGCAGUAAAUACGUGUCUGGAUGCCCGCACACUCUUUACAGUGACCGCACUGGUCCUUUGCCGAAGCGGAACGACUCUCAGAGGGAAGGCCGUUUCCUUUAUUUUACUGCGGACCGCCGUCUGACGAUGCCGUAUGGCACAGAAGGUGUUGUCUAUGUCUCGCUGGGCAUCAAUAAUUGGAGGGGUGCAUACCAGGGCACAGCCGUCUCCAUGUCCAUCACCACCACGCUCGACUUGAACUUCGAUGAACUCGGGCUCGCCGCGGAAGACAAUCCGUUUUUCGACCUCACACCUCUGGGGCUCGUGCGCAAGAAACGUGGAGCGCCUGACCAUCUCCCACGCAUCAACGUAGCGGGAGGAGAUCGAGAGAUCAUGUAUCCUGCUGUUGAGAAAUAUAUCGAGUCGUUCGACCUGAAUGGCACAGCGUGUCUACUACGGGCUAUUUGCGAGGCGCAAGAGAAACCCAUCAGAAACUACAAUGUCCUUGGUGAAAUUAUUGAAAUAUUCCUCAAGCCAACUCGCGCUCUAUAUACAUUAGAAUUUGAGCCCACCCGCGCCCCCCACCCUGAAGAGCGACUCGAACCUUACGUGCGGGCUGAGCGAGCCGGGCGUCUGGACGGCGACUGCUCGCCUUACAUCGCUCACUGCCACAAGUCUCUCUUUAGGGACGAUCCUGACUUCUCCCUGCCUUUAACGCCUGAGACGAAGGAACAUUUCCGGGAAUUCCUGAGUGAAGAGAUGAUGGCGCAGCUCGAAGCUAUGUAAUCUGACACUGACACUGACCUCACACUGACUCUGACUCCAGACCCUGACACUUUCCUCACACUGACACUGACAUCAGGCACUGCCACUGACCUCAGACUCUGACACUGACCCCAGACCCUGACACUGACCUCACACUGACACUGGCCUCAGACACUGACCCCAAACACUGCCACUGACCUCAGACUCUGACACUGACCCCAGACCCUGACACUGACCGCACACUGACACUGACCCCAUAAACUUACCGUAGACUCCCGAAGCAUUGCUGAUACUCCAGAGCUGCAUCAUGUAGGUUAGCAUCUGCGCGUCUCGGUAUGGAUUCAACCUUACAGCAGCAACGCGUCAAGUUCUUCCAGCGCCAAGCCCGUACGUUGAACCAGAAUGAGACGUCAUUUAAAUACAUAAUCGCACAGGCCCGUGUGUCACGAUGUUUCUUGUGUGGUCGUAUGUUCCCAAUUGCCUCCCUUUAAUCGUUCUUCUUCAUGACCACAAUGACAUUGUGCAGAGCGUGCUUCUCUCAGUGUCAUAAAUGUGUUAGAGUUAUGAGUUAUUAAAUGAGUCAUAAAUGUGUUAGAGUUAUAGAGUUAUUUUCAGUUCUUAAAAGACUCAUAAGAAGCCUUACUGCAGCAAGUCGAAGUUAUUUUGAGAAUUUCGAAUGUGCAAUAUCUGCCAUGUUUUCCGUGUGCGAAAUGAAGAAUACAGACUCAUGAGCUACCUAUGAAGGGUUUGAUAGUGUAUGAUCGUGCACUGUUAGA